CCGCGGGAGGGGCCGAUAGAAAAUGGCGAGUCUGUGCAGGAGGCAGCAAUGCACGAUCGAAAGGCGCGGCUUUCGGCAGGAACUUGAUUCGUGGCGACAUAAACUCAUUCACUGUGUAGGUUUUGAAAGUAUUUUGCAAGGAUUGUUUGGGAGAGGACUAGUAGACGAUCUGACCUUAUUCAAAGAUAGUGAGCCUGAAGAUGUCUCCGAUUGGUCAUUCAAUAAACGUUGUCUUUUCUGCUGCUUGAGACGCCAGAAAGUCCAGGAACACUUACUUGGCUUCAACAGCCAAGGUUUGGAAGGAGGCGAGCAAAGUCUCUGCAGUCAGGAGCAAUCCAAAAUCAACAAGCUCGAGAAACAAGCGGAGGAGUUCCUCAAUGCUGUCUUUUGCAGAAAAGAGAUCCCGAGCUUCUCCGACCCCCACAUUCCUUUAGUGGCUCGGGAGAUCAUGCAGAGAAUGAUCCGGCAGUUUGCCUCUGAAUAUACCUCAAAAAGCAGCUCUUCUCAGGACUCCCUCCAGCCCAACGGCACCGAGGACCAAAACCUGCCCCAGGCUCCAUCUGCGGGCCCCGUGCCCGCUGCCUCCGCACAGAACCCCGUUCUCAGCCAGCUGCUCAUGGCCGACCAGGACUCCCCGCUGGACCUCACCAUCAGGAAGCCUGAGGCCGAGCCCAGUGAGCAAGAUGGUGUUCUGGACCUUUCCUUCAAGAAGAGUCGCGCCUCAGGCAGCCUCUCGCACAGAAACUCUCAGGCCUGCCCUGCAACGCCCAUGAAGGGUGAGCCUCUGGACCGGAGCCUGGCAAAAGUGCAAGAUCUCCAGUCGACCUCCACCAUGGAGCAGUUCAUGGCUAAGCUGUGUCUGCACCACCAGCGGCAGAUCGUCGAUGCCUUGGGGUUCCUGCAGACCGAGGUGAAGGCUGUGGGCUCCUCCUGUUGUCCAGGGCCAUCUGCCUCGAAAGCAUCUCUUGAGGUAACUGCAGAAGCGGACUGUAGCCCAGUCCCCCAGCAGGAAAGUCCUGAUUACCUCUCUGGACAAACGGCUGCUCCAGUCUCCUCCUGUUCCGCAAGAAGUGCAAGCCAAUCUCUAGAAACGGCUGAUCUGCCGGACGCCAACAAAUCACCUGUCCAAGAGCGAUCCCCCGAGACCACUGGCUACACGGACGCCGCUUGUGAGAGUUGUACCUCGCUGACACGGUCUGACCCCGUGGACCUGCGCAAAGCCACGCCCGGGAACAGCAGAGGCUCGAGACUCCUGUUCAGCAGCACCGGUGAGAGGGAGAACAAACGACGGGAUGACCUGCCAUCAUUGUCGACGAAAAACACAAGCUCUGGCAGUCUGGCUGAAGUGAAGAAAUUUCAAAUGCUUGAUGGCUCCCGUCAUACUCUUGUUGGCACUUUAGACGAGCGGCAAUGCAAUCCUGAAACCCUCCUGCAUCCCGUCAGGGAUGACCUAAGUCCUGAAGAACUCAGUCUGUCUAUUGGAAGUCAUGAUCAGUUAUUUGAUCAUCCCUACCACACCGAGCAAAGAGCCUCAUCUGGAAUUACCAAAGAUUUGUUUGUCAGUCCUUGCCCUGCCAAGAAGACCACAAAAGCGUCAUCUCCAGCCUCCCCCAGGACGGCUCGGAAAAGCAGCCGGGGGACGUAUCCUAGACCCAAUCAUUCGGUCUGUCCGAUAAUAAAUGACCCAGACAUUCAUUGUGACAUUGUGUACAUUAGCAAACCUAUAACUGAGUAUGAGCUUCAACCUCCAAAUCGCAUUUGCCCACGCCGUAAUGCUCGUAAGAGUACAAGAGGCUAUGCAUACAUGGAGGAAAUCUGUGAGCUGAAAACUGUCCGAACACUGGCUGGGAAACCUGGCACCAACAACAAGGGCAAUUGCCCUGCCCCAGUGCUGCAGACCACCACGACAGUUACCCCGAAACAGGCCCUUUCUAUGCCGGAGAGUGUUCCCCCUGUGGAUAUACCCUUUGCUGGAGACUGUGGAGAGACCGUUGGUCAAAAAGAGCAGAAGGAUUUAGCUGGGCAUGAUGUAAUGGCUGGGGAUGAUGUAGCAGCAGUCAGAGAGGCAGACCUGAUAGUUGAAACCAGUCAGACUGGCCAGCCUCCUCUCCGAGAGAAGACUCCGCCUCCUCUCAGAGACCAGACUCCACCUCCUCUCAGAGACCAGUCUGCACCUCCUCUCAGAGACCAGACUCCGCCUCCUCUCAGAGACCAGACUCCACCUCCUCUCAGAGACCAGACUCCACCUCCUCUCAGUGACCAGACUGCGCCUCCUCUCAGAGACCAGACUCCGCCUCCUCUCAGAGACCAGACUCCGCCUCCUCUCAGAGAGAAGACUCCGCCUCCUCUCAGAGACCAGACUGCACCUCCUCUCAGAGAGAAGACUCCGCCUCCUCUCAGAGACCAGACUGCACCUCCUCUCAAAGACCAGACUGCACCUCCUCUCAAAGACCAGACUGCACCUCCUCUCAAAGACCAGACUGCACCUCCUCUCAAAGACCAGACUGCACCUCCUCUCAAAGACCAGACUGCACCUCCUCUCUCGCCGUCUGUAAACCAAGAAAUCACAGAGAUGGUGACCGAGAAGGAGCAGGAGAAGUCGGAGGCAGAAGAGAUUGUCGGUGGUCAAGAUGGCCAACCUGACGUGGAGGUGAGGCAGACAUUACUGCCACAGGGUGAUUCACCAGUUGAUGCAGCAGCAGCAGCAAGUGAUGAAAUUGCCACAGAGGGUGAGGCCAAAAAUUGUUUCGGUGAGCUUCAGUCAAGUUCAAGGCUAACACGGGUGCUGCCCACUGAGGACUCCGUUAAGUCAGAGAGCAUUGGGGCCAGUAGAGACCUGAGCAAACAGGACCAAGGUCCUGAGGAUCCUGAGGCUCCAGUGGCUGAGGAUCAGGAACAACCAAUGCUCCCUUCGGAGAAAGAGACCCUCCCAGAAAUUGAAGAAGAGCAUUUAGAAAAAGUGCAUUUGGAGGAGCAACAAACAAUUAGCAUUGAUCUAGUUUCUGGGACAGCCAAAGGCAUGGUGUCAGAGGAUAGCGGGAGAGAAGCUGUGGGUGAGAUUUUUCAAAUAGAAGCUGUGAAAGAAUCUGCUGUGGAGGUAAAGCAUUUGAAGCAUACUGAGAAUGAAGGCAGUGAACCAGAAGCUGCAGUCAUCCCCUCUGAAAUUACUGUUCCAAAACGGGUCAGCGGCCGAGACAUUGCUCCAUCGGACAGGUGUUUACGGAAAAGGCCACAGCCAGUCAGCUCAGAAUCAACAAAGAUUCCCAAGACAAACCAGGCAAUGCCUAGUUUGCUUCAGAUCCAGGAUUCUCCAGUUGACCCGCUCAAAAUAUCUGGACCCACGCGCCCUCAUAGGUCCGUUAGGGUAAAGCAGCCAGCUCCUCUCACUUUGAGUGAUACCACAUUGCAGAACACUGAAGAGAAGCCUGUUGAUAAACCUCAGCUAUCUUCUGAAGUCAGGCCCAACACAGGUCAGGCAGGGGAUAAUAUGGUACAAACGAGACACAAGGCCAUGUUGGCAAAACAACUGGGGAAUGAAGUGGGAAGUCAGUGCAGCAAAGCAGCACCUGCUCCCACAGCAGGCCCUAGUACAGGGAUAGUUGGCCUGGUGAUGCCUAACCAGCUAGCCCACUUGAAGGAAAAGCUGACUAAAAACACUUCUGUGGAAAGCAACAUUCCUGGAGAUUGCAGCAUGUCUUCAGAAAAUACAAUGGACACGUGUCGGAAAAUGCCCUUGACAAGGGAGAGAAGCAAGGUUGGAAUGUCCUCUAAACCCAUGAGGUCUGCAACUCUGAUGAAGCACAAGAAGCUGGUCCUCAGAUCUCAGAGGUGUGCUACACUGGCAGCUGCUGGCACAAAGGCGGCGGCCGAACAGGACCAGGCAGACCCUGAUAUCAAAGCCGGGACAGAGAAAGUUUCAUCUUCACAACCCGCCCAGAAAAGGGACCUUGACCCUUUCGGACUGCAGAAGCUCAACCUGUCUGUGCCAAAUCCUCCAAAGUUUCUGGAAGCACUGCGAGGGGAGGAAAACCAGCUGCAAAUAAUGAGCCUGAACACAAAGUAUGAUAAGAUGCAGAGAGGUUGGGUCCAGCUGGACAAGGAGGGACAGCCGGCACAGAGGCCCAAGAACAAGGCAGACCGGCUGAAAGAGAUCUGGAAGAGCAAGCGUAGAGUUCGCAAGCCCAAGCCUUUGGAUCAGCAGAGGUACUCUCCCGUGCAGAUGCUGUUCAUGAAAACCUUUGAUCUGACGAGCAUCUGCCGUUGGUUUCUGCAGUCCACCGAGACUAAAUCGCUGGUGAUCGUCAAGAAGGUGAACACGCGCCUCCCUUCCGAGACUCAGCUCUGUUUUCACAGCUCCUCAGCCAUGGCGGGCUCUUCCCACGGGGUCUUCCCAAGCAUGCAAGCCGAACGUUUGAAAAAGCACCUAAAAAAAUUUGCCGUGGCGUCCCCCGUUAAAAGCAAUGCUAAGAACCAAAAGCUCAUUGCGAAAGCCCUGGAGCAGGAGGCCAUUUGUAGCAAAGGGAAGGACAAGCUCAAAGAGUUGACCUCUGCUACCCGAAUCUCCACCAAACCCUACAGCAAUUUCCGUAAGCUGGAGGUACGAGCUGCAGAAAGCCAGAAGGCCACUGCCACCAUAAAGAGUCCUGCCACUGCCAGGAUCCUUAGAAAGUAUACCAAUAUUCGAGAGAAGCUGCAUGUUCAGCAGCAUGCACUCAAGCCUAAGAUUGCUGUAGAAGACCUUAAAGGCAACUGCGUCAAACCUCUGCUAUCCCCAAAGCUCGUCUCCAAACCAAAAGCUUUGCCAGAGAAUAGGAAAAGGGCUGUGCAUGCUGGGGAAAAUGCUGGGAAGGAGCGGUGUACAGGCAAAAAUGUGAAAGUUAAUUCUCCUUCCAGUAAAAGAGACACUUUGAAGAAGGCUGUCAAGGAGAAAGGAGCCAAGAGCAGCAGAAAAUCGUCGCAAGUUUUGUCUAAAAAUGUUCGCAAGGUGCUGAAGAGGGCUCCUUUAGUGUCGUCGGCUGCUUCCAGACCAAGGAAACCUCCUACUCGGGCUCCAGCUGCUUCAGGACUGAAACGCAGAGCUGCAGUUCCAGUCAAGGCCAGCAGGGUCACUAGAGAGCAGAGGCAUGGGGUCGUAAAAGCUGCGCUGCCGAAAGCCAGAGACGCAAAAUUACAGGUGAAAACGGCCCUGAGGAGCAAAGCGCCGGAGUGCGAGACCGUGCAGCCGCUGAGACCGGAGGCCUUGCCUUCGCCGUCUUCGGACCAGGUACUGACACGCUCUCAGAGGAAGAUGGAGACCAUGCCACCCAUGGGUGCGGCAUCAAGACCUUCCCUGAAACGCAGCCAGGAGCCCCCGCCCACACCCACCAAACGUACCAGAACAUUGCUUUCAAAAUGAAAAUGUCCUUUGUGCAUUAAAAUAUACUACUGUUGCAAACAUGUCUACAAUUGGGGCUUAACAGACUUAUUGUUGGACUGGCAAAUUACUUUUUUUGUGAUUUCCUUUUGAAAAACUGCUUUUAAGGGGGGGGGGUGAAUGUGAAGAACAGAUUAAUCUUGGAUUUGCUUUUGCUUCAGUAGGAAGAUGCAGAAGAUAAAGGUGGUGAUGCUAUUUAAACUCACUUAAGAUAUGCGUGUGAUUGCCAUGUAUGCAUACUGUAUGACAUGCGUGUGUGUGUGUGUGCGUGUGUGAGUGCACACGCGUUUGCCAGGUAUGCAUACUGUAUGAUGUGCGUGUGAGUGAGCGUUUGCCAUGUAUGCAACCUGUAUGACGUGUGUGUGCAUAUGUGUGUAUGCAUACUGUAUGGUGUGUGUGCAUGCGUGUGUAUGACGUGUCUGUAUGCAUACUGUGUGCGUGUGUGUGUGUGUGUGUGUAUGACGUGUCUGUAUGCAUACUGUGAGUGUGAGUGUGAGUGUGAGUGUGAGUGUGAGUGUGAGUGUGAGUGUGAGUGUGAGUGUGAGUGUGAGUGUGAGUGUGAGUGUGAGUGAGCGCAAACAUGGGUGCUGAAGCCCGCGUGAGGUGCUGCUGAGGAAUACACUCCUCUUGUUUUGUAUUACACACUGCUUUGCAAUCAGAAGAAUACAGAUUAUAUAAAUCAGGUGCCUUAUCAAUAUUUAAAGUAAUAAGAUAUGUAGCUUAAGACGAGCAUCGCUUCUCAACUUGUUGCACAAACACGUGGACUGUGGGGGGGUGGGAUUGUGGAGUUUAAAGAAAGGCCUGCUCAAGCACAUGGCCUGCACCAGACACCCCCAUCUGUCUUCCUGCAUGAGAUCUGGUCUAGUUCCCUCAUCUGUGACGGCUUAUUUUACUUUGCGGUUUAGUGGCAGCAUCAGUCGUCUGUAAGGUUAAAUCUUUUAUAUAUUUUUUUUGGUUUAACUGCCCUGUUAGAAACCGUAUCCAAUCACAACUCCUCCCCCCCCGUUCUCUCUUAUUGUAAACCUGUAGUAGAACUGUGACAAUGAUGUGCGUGAUUUAAUGUGGUUCCGUUCAUUGUGUUUGAUUUUUAUGCAGCUUCUGUCUCCUCCCCUCUUCAGCAUUAAGUAUUUGAAGUGACCCCCACGAUGGGCCUCAGUGUCUUUUCCUCCAGCUGGUUUUUUUUUUUCUUUUUCAUCUCUCAUUUGAUGUCUUUUCUUUAUUUUUUUUUAGCUUAAAUCGAUGCAUGUUGCGCGGCUUAGAUGAGGCUGAAUCUAUGCAUGUUCAGUGUUUCCUUUAGCGACAUUUGUGUUUGAAGACCUUGUGGUGACAUGAACAUUUGUUCCCAGUGUUUUGUGUUUUUGUCAUAAACAAAUGGCAGUUGGUUUAAAUGUGAGAUACGUUUUCGUCUGUGGUUGGAGGUAGCUCAGUCAAUUGAAGCAUGUCUUCUUCCCUGGACUUACACCCUUCUUUUGCACCUGAAAAACCUACAGGGACACUUGUUGCCAGUCAGAUGUAUAUUGUACCCAACAGGAAUACCUGCAGUGUAGUAAUAAAAAAAAAGAAAAGAAAAAAUCAUGGAAUUUUCAGGAAUACCUGGACAUGUGUGCACAAAUGAGUGGUGCAUUAUGGGAAGGAACAUAUUUACAUAGGGUUAUAAUGGCUAUAGUUACAGGACAUGGAAAAGAUGGUAAUAUUCCAAAUGUGGUAUCACUUGUAUGGAAAGCGGGACUGUUGUGAAUGACAAUGUUUGCGAUGCAUGUUCCUCUCAGAAAAGUUUGCAGCACAUUGUAGCUAAAAUGAAAACCCUUCCAGUCUGACAGUGUUUCUGAAAAACUGUUAUCCCAGGUUCUACAUCGGAACUGCAAUGUAAUAUUCAGGUUAAGUGUGAGGCAUGUUAUAACCCCCAAAAUUGUAAUUGUAUGUAUUUUUUCAGGGAGAAAUUGGGAGGCUUUCUCUGGUGAAACAUUUUGGAAUAUCCUGGGUCUGCAGUUAAAAUAUUUCAGUAACGCCCAAUUCAGUCGACCACAGUGCUUAGCCAUAACCAUGCUUCAGAAGAAGUGGAGAGAAUCAAGGCUGUGUUGCUUUCUUGCAUAAUUUAUUUCAGUUCUUAAAAUUGUAAAACUCUAGGUUUAGUAUUGAAUUUUAUUUUAUUUGCUUUGUUUUUGUCCAUUAUCGCUACAGCUCAACAUUUCUCAACAGGUUGAAGUGGCGCCAAAUCUGACUUGAACUUGGAUUUGUUCCUCAGCCUUUCACAUUUGUAUUUUGUUAGUUUUGUACUGUAUAUUAAACAUCCAGAUGUAUUUAUAUGAAUCCUAAGAAUGAAGUGUCUUAUAAGUUUGUGUCUGUGGACUGGACAGAAUAUUCUCUUUUCCAUUUUUAAAAACCUGCAUCAAACCCUGUUCUCUUUUAACCAUGUCACCAUAUUUAUGGCUGUCUUUUUAUUUUAAAGAAUAUUUAUUGUAUUUUGAAAGCAGAUUAUGUACAGUUAAACAUAUCUUACAGUGUAUACCAAUCAUAAGGUAGACUCCUCUCCAUCCCGCUCCACGACCGAUGCAUUAAUUUAUUUUAAUGAAGCUGAUAGAGAUAUUUUUGUGGACAAGCAACACCAAGAUUAAAAAAAGAAGAAAAAUUGUGGCGUCAAUUAAAAAAAAUAUGCCAAUGUUAUUUUGUUUUCUGACUGAGAAAUGUGUUGCUGAAUUUGAGGAAUAAAUUUUAGCAGAAAAAUGAGUACACGUAGGCUCAUUGUUUUACUGACUCGGUUAAAAUUACAUGGUGGGGCUAAUUAAUGAACACGAUUUAAUUCACUAGAAGCCAGUGAGACCAUACUAUUCAGAAUAGACAAAAAAUACAGGAUGUCAUAAAUACAUUUUUGUAUCCCUAAAUAUGAAUACCAUGUAAAAUGGUGUUGCCUUCCAGCUAGUAUGAUUUAAAUUCUACUGUAUGUAAAAAUAUAGGACAGAAUGAAUUUUUAAUGGUAAUUAUGUGGCUCUGAAUUAUUUAGUCUUGACUGGAUUGAGUGACAGUCUGACAGUUCUGUGAGUAUUCUGGAUGAGCUGAGACCGCAUAGCUGCACAAAGGCGCCAGCCAUUCAAAUUUGUUUGCUGAAUGAAGGCGGUCUCCUAAGUUGUUUUAAUGGAGUGGUACAUAUUAUAUUUUGCUAUUUGUGGAGUGUAAUUGAUAAUAAUAAGGGUGGAAUGUGCACUGCAUUAAGGUCAUAUGGUGUCCAAAGUGUUUGGUGGGGGUAGGCAUUUGGAGUGACAAACUUCCUCAAGCAUGUAGCAAAUGCUUUAAUAUUAGGAUUUGUUUUUUUAUGGCCACAACAAUGCAUAGCUCACAUUUUCAUUUGAUGCUAUGAACUCUGAAUCAGCCAUCUGUUUCACCCCUCAUUUUCCUACAAACCUCGCACACCAAACUUGAAACGUGAAUCUAUUUAGAAAUGUAAGAUGCAAUUGUGAUUGAUGUACAUGGAUAUCUAUUUUUGUUUUGGUUUUUUUACAUUAGGAAUGUGCUUUUGCUAAUUUGUGAUAAUUAUAUUAAUGGGUUCGCCCUACAAUUGGA